CGCCGGGCGGAUUUCUGGACUCCUCCCACUUUCCUUCUUUUUUGUCUCGCUUUUGACAUUCGCUCUAAUAGCAACCUCGCUUUCUCAGUGCCAUCUAUUACAGCUAUCUUCUCGCCCAGAUAGAUUAUUUUCAGCAUAGCUGCUAUGAACGCACGCAUUUUUACUCGCGUUGUCCGAACUCCCGCGCACAUUCCUACCUUCACUCCAGCGUCAUGGUCUGCCCAGGUCGUUGCAGGCCCAGUAGUCUUCAAAAGGCUUGAUUUGCACGUCUCCCCUCUUUCCGAAGUAAAUCUCGCCAUGCUUGCGCAAGCCAACUGGAGGAACAUCAACGCUCUUGACGAAUUCGCGGUCACUAUGUACUACAGCGCCACAGACUCCGACUACACCAUGCUCGCCAUGGUGCGCUGCGUGAAGACGAUCAUCGCGUCACUCAACCCAGCCCUACGCAUCACGACCAUCACGAUCUGCAACCCGCUCCCCACCUCUGUCCUACGCUACAGGGCCGCGCUCGACGUCUCCAGCCUGAUUGCCGGCCUGAAGAGCGUGCUGUACGGACUGGACGCCGAGCUGAGCCGGCGCAUCGCCGGUGGCACCCUGCAACGCGUCCUCUUCACGUCACACCCGAACGUCACACUUAUCGCUGGGUCUGAGAAGGCGCGCGUGCGCGAAUUUUUCCCUGCACUUGCGGCCUUCCAUGACGUUUUGUAGUCACACGGCGCUGCGCACUCGUAGUUCCUGAUGUUCUCUCUCUCUCCGCUCGUUACGCUCUCUCCUUCUGGACGAUCACAUUCGCACUGUGUGCCGAAAGUAGUGUUCGCAAUCAAUAUUCGCACUAGGUUAUUAAAUACGGCACCGGUUGCUCGUCCUACACACCGGAUAUGCUCAUUUUUAC